AUGGGGUUACUUAGCUCUUUUGCACCACGCUCUGCCAAGUUCGGUUGGAUGAACGGUCAUUCGGAGCUUGUCGCACAUUUGCCUUUAGGAGGUGGUUUAGGGCAGGUUAUAGCAUCGAUCGGAAGCCGAGUUGGAUGUUUCGUCUUCAGCAUUGCUUCCACCGACAAACACUCUUGGCUUCGAUAUCGAGCCGUCUCUGUCGCUCCGAGCAUGACUCAGACCUUCCGGAGUGUGCAAAGGCUUAAAAAGAAAAGCAACCUAUCGGCCCUGGGUCUGCCUCGUCGACGUCGCUCCGCCUCCGGAUCUCGGUUUUCUUCUCGUCGGUCUCCUAACAUGUCUGAAGGGACACUAAUUAUUCAGUGCUGCUUUUAUGACUUCGAUAGUCUGCCUUCUUGUCUAGCCUCAGUCUGCAAUCCGUCCUGCGUCUGGUGCCAUACGAGCCUUAGACCUUCGUAA